UGCUGGGAUUACAGACGUCAGCCACUGCACCUGGCCAGAUUUUUUAAUACCAUUCUUGGACUAGGUGAUUUGACAACUUAGAAAACUGUUCACUAGGUGUCCAGGCCCUCUCUGCAAUCAGUCAGAAGCUGUAAACAUGGCUGGUGGAGAACAGAGUAUUUCCCCAGGAAAACUCCCCAGGAAAACUCCCGUCCCCCACCUUGUCAUCUAGCGGAAAGAGACUGACUUGGGCCCGUUUUCUUAAGUAGUCAAACGUCUAUUGAAAAAGCAGAGAGAGGAUGCCUCGGCGUGUAAGUGGAGUGAUGAGGACCUGAUCCCUGGGCCGUUUGGGAACACUGGCUGCCAUUUGAUCACAGUCAACCUGGACUCAGAGAAUUUCAAGAGCUUGUUGGUUGGGUCAAGAUAAAGCUACGCAUGACGUCGUGCUGAUCCUGGGUUUAUAGUUGUCAUUUUUAACCUGCGAAGAAGCAUUUGAAGACAUUGUCUCAUGGGUACCGCUUGCCAACCUUUGGAGGAUGUGACGCCGGCAGAGAAAUAAAGCGCCGCCCCUCUGCGCAUCCCUCCCCGUCUGCUAGAAUGUUUCUCAUGAACGCUCCUCCAGUGGUUGCUCUCCAGUCCAAAUGGGAGGCCUUUGGCCCGCCAGGGAGCUGUAGGUUUCCCGGGUGCUUCUCGGAGGCUGACGAGGGCGUGGAGAGCGCGUCGGUGAGCGCCCGGGUGCAGAUGCUCAUCAGCACGCUGCAGCGUGACGGGGCUGCUCGGGGCACCAGCGAUGAGCGCGCUGCACAGAGGGGCCACAGGGCAGAGGGAUGCCACGACGCCAGGGUGGCCGCCAAGCCCACCGUGCACAAGGAGCCGCCCACACUGGCUGCCUGUGGUCUCGUUGCUGACUUUGACCCCAUGGGGGAGGAGGAAACUGCAGACUUUGGCCCGUUGGUGCUAGAUUCAGACAGUGACGAUUCCGUGGACCGAGACAUUGAGGAGGCCAUCCAGGAGUACCUGAAGGCAAAGAGUGGCGCCACACAGCCCGGGACCGGUGGGGCUCAGCCAGGCACAGCCCGGCCUUCCAGGGCCGCAGGCGGAGGCAGUAGAUGUAAGCCAGAACCGGCACACGGCAGUGCCCCGACUGCCCUGUGUCCACCAAAACUUGUACCUGGAUCAGGUGGUGGCCCCGGCAGCCAGGUGGGAUCCAGCGAGGACCAGGGCUCCGCCUCCCCGGUCAGUGUAAGCAGCGAUGACUCCUUUGAGCAGAGCAUCAGGGCAGAAAUAGAACAGUUUCUGAACGAGAAGAGACAGCAUGAGACCCAGAAAUGUGAUGGGUCCGUGGAGAAGAAACCAGACACACAUGAAAAUUCGGCCAAGUCACUCUCGAAAUCCCACCAAGAGCCGGCUACAAAGGUGGUACCUCGGCAGGGCCCGAUGGGCGUCCAGAGGGAGUUCGCCUUCCGCAGACCUCCCCGGUUAGCGAAGACGAAUGUGCAGCCCAGAAGCCUCAGGUCCAAGGUCACAACCACGCAGGAGAACGAGGGCAGCACGAAGCCAGCAACCUCCUGCCGCCCUUCAGAAGCAGCACAGAAUAAAAGUGGGACCAAAAGGGGCACCAGCGCAGCAAGGAGGGGAAAGCGAGUCACGAGCCUGGCACAGGCACCCGAGGCGUCUGACUCCAGCAGCGACGACGGCAUCGAGGAGGCCAUCCAGCUGUACCAGCUGCAGAAAACACGCAAGGAGAGCGAAGGGGACCCGCCUCAGACGGCCCAGCUCCGAGAGGAGAGGGCACCUGACCCUUCCACACACAACACAAGCAGCGCCCCAAAAAGUGCCUUGCCCGAGACCCACAGGAAAACCCUCAGCAAGAAGAAGCCAGUGGCCGCCAAGACCACGGACCCUGGUCCAGGGGACGCUGACCAUUCCCCCAAGCUCCUGAAGGAAACCAAAGCUCCACCUCCAGCGGGCCCGGCCUCCAGGAGCGAGUUUGUGGAACGGUCCUCAUGCCGGGCAGAUACAUCUGCUGAGCUGAUGUGUGCAGAAGCAAUCCUGGACAUUUCCAAGACGAUCCUGCCGGCCCCUGUGGAGGGCAGUGACCGGUCCCUGUCUGCAAGCCCCGUCUUCUACUCCCCGAACGUGCCUUCCCGCUCUGACGGUGACAGUAGCUCUGUGGACAGUGACGACAGCAUUGAGCAGGAAAUCCGGACGUUUUUGGCCCUCAAGGCGCAGUCGGGGAGUUUGCUGGCCAGAGGUGAGAGCUGCCCACAGGCUGCCCAGGUUCCACUUUUGCCGCCUGGCCUCAACAGCCAGACCAGUGGCCCCAAGGUCCCUCUUUCUAAAACACAAGACCCACUACUGGGCUGCAAAAGGAAGCGUAGAGGCGGUGGCCAUGUGAGGCCAUCCACGCCCAAGAAAACGCGGGAGGUGGUGAAAGACAGUGGCCAGGAUGCCAACCAUAGCCAGGGGAGAGCUGAGCCUGGCCAUGAGGGGCGGGACCUGCCUGUCCAGGGCAAAGCCAGUGAGGCUCCGGGAGGGGAGGGCGCCGCCAGGGGACCCGGCGACAUUCGUAUGUCACAGGGCCAGGGUAAGACAGACGAGGUGAGGCGCCUAGAAGAGAAGGAAAGCUCUGAAGACAAAAGCAGCUCCCUGGACAGUGACGAGGACCUGGACACAGCCAUCAAGGACUUGUUAAGGUCCAAGCGAAAGCUCAAGAAGAGGUGCAGGGAGCCCAGGGCUGCGUGCAGGAAGAAGGUCAGGUUCAGCACCGCCCAGACGCACUUCCUGGAGCAGCUGGGCGGGCUCCGGAGAGACUGGAAAGAUGGGGGCCCGCCGGUGCUGAAGAGCUGCCUCUCCAAGUCCAGGAGAGACAGUGGCGAGGGCCCCUGGAAGAAACCCCCCAGUGUCUUAGGCAGCACGGCAGAGAGGACGAAGCAGGAGGGCCCCGGGAGCCAGGACACAGCCCUGGCCUUCCGGGUGAGGAGACCCGCCUCUGCCUCCACGUCCGCCUCCGAAGGGAAUCCAUUCCCCAGGGAGUCCCAGGGCCCAGCUCCCAGCCCCAGCUCCCUGUCUGAUGAUAGCAGUUCAGUGGACAGCGACGAUAGCAUCGAACUGGAGAUUAGAAAGUUUUUGGCGGAAAAGGCCAAGGAGUCAGUGAGCAGUUCAGAAGUUCAGGCAGAGGGCCCCACUGCUCUUGGGACAGGGGGCCCAGCCGGGCCAGAGGUGCUGUGCAGGAGGGAGCCGGCCCCAGUGCCUGGCAUGUGCACGCGGAGCCAGAGGGCCAGGGGAGUCCCACAUCUGGCCGACGGGCUUCGAGGCACAGAGAGCGCAGGAGCGCAGGGCGCAGCCGGUCUGUUCAGCCAGGGCGGGAAGGGGCUCCCUGCUGUUCCGGCCCGAGGGGAUCCGGUGCCGCCCAGGAGCACCAGUGGUAGUGUCUCCGCCAAGGGGCUCUCCGUGAGCAGGAGAAACGUUUACGUUCACAAAGACCAGAGCCCACGAGGGGCCGAGCCUGCUGCCAAAAGUGCUUUUGGUCAGCUGCCCAGCUGUGCCACAGUGGGCACCGAGGCAGGAGGUGCCAGAGGAACCUUUCACAUGGGCUGCGGGAGCCCGAGCUUCCUGACCCCCAGCCCGGGAGCUGAGAGGGACACUGGAGCCCAAGCCGACCGUGCCCUGCCCUGGAGUGACUUUGCCCACCAGAGUCGGCUGCCCAGCCCGUGGGUGCUGCGCUCCGAAGGCAGAGAUGCGGCAUGGAGAGGGGGCAUUGGGAGUGAGAGAGACAACGGGUCUGAGGGACCCGCCCGGGGCCUGCCCAGCCUGCCCCUUGCGGGCUUCUCCCCGCUGCUGUCCACCCAGCUCUUCCACUUUGGAAAGGGUGUCUCCUGGGGGGGCAGGCAGGGCGGCCUCUUCAGCCCCCACCUGGGGCUGCCUCUGCAGGGCCCCUCCUUCUCGGCCUUCAGGGAGGCCCAGGCCGGACCCAGCCCUGUCUUUGGAAGCCCACACUUGCUGGCGAAGAAGGAUGGCGGCCCCUGGCCAAGCAGGAAGGCACAGACAGGGCUGAGUUUGCACGACAGGAGGAGCUCAGGCUCGGAGGAAAGCAUUUUAGACUUGAGGUAUCGACGAAGGGUCAUCAACAGGGAUGACCAGGACCAGGACGCCUUGGGCAGUGACGCCAGUGACUUCAGCGACACCUCCACGGAGGACAGUGGCGGCAGCUCAGUAGUGAAGGUCUAAGCCCUUGAGCUAUGGGUUUGUGUCCCGGGUUCCGUGCAUUCGUGGAAAGCGGCGUAGCUGUGUGUGUAGCUGUGCGUGCGUGUGAUGGUUCUGUGGUUGCAGGGAGGGGAAACAGUCUGUUAUACAUAGCCCUGUAUAUAUGUACACCAACAUGAAACUUUUAUUUAACAGACGUGUGCUGGUAAAUAUGAUUUUUGUAGCCUUUUGUAAAUUAUUUAAAGUGAUGUAAAAAAUAUUUUUGGAAAAUACUGUUGUUCGAUUUUGUAGGGUGUUCCUAACUGCAGUUUUCUGUGUUCUGCAUACAAGUCUUCGAUUAGAAAACAUUUGGUUCUUAUCAUCGCAGCCAGGUUCACAGAGACUCUGAUGCUUUUUAGUUGGUUAUUGGUGAGAAUGCCGGCGGUGACUGCAGUGGUAGCCUGAGGAAGGCCGAGCUGCCCUCCCUGGGAAUCGCUCACAUGCCCCCAAGAUGUCCGUUGGGAAGCUCCCAGGACAGCACUUUUUAUACAGAGGACACCCCCUUGGCCCCACAGUCCUUGGAGGCCAGAGCACAUCUGAAAACUGCAAUUUCAGCCGUCCGUUGGAAAAAUCUUUCGAAGCACAAUGGCCAGCGAGCACGUGACUGCUCCCUGUUGCAUGUCAAAUCCACACAGAUGUCAGCAGCAGCUGCUCUGCGGCCCAGCCCUAGGCGUGGGUGGGUUCAUGUCCAAUCUUGUUCAAUCACUAGAUGAUUCUAACAUCAAAAUAAACCUCUUUUUAUAUGGA